GUUGGAUCAUCCAUGUUGAUGACUUGUCUUUAAAACUUCAUUAGGCAAACAAGAAUUUACCCUAGGCCUAGACAAGAUCUACAGAGUUAGAGCCAGUACUUCAACUACUUGCGUCUUGCCAGUAGAGCUAAUUUAGACUGGGUCUAGAUAUCUAAUCUAGAGUGUCACAUAACAGGGAAAUAUGGCUAAUCAUUCUAGUAAAAAAUCUAAAACAGAUGAUUCAAAUAAUGGACCUUCGUUAUUUUCAAAAGCAUUAAUUCCAGAAUACAAGUGGCAAGAUAAGGAUGAAUUUUUGGAUGUUAUCUAUUGGAUGCGGCAGAUUUUGGGUCUGCUGCUUGGAAUUGUUUGGGGAAUCAUUCCUAUGAAAGGUUUCAUUGGUUUAGCACUGUUUCUACUGGUGAAUGUUGCUAUUGUGUAUAUUUACUACAACAGUUUCCAAAAAGUUGAUGAGGAGGAAUAUGGUGGAACAUCAGAGAUUUUAAAGGAAGGGCUCAUGACAUCAUUUUCUUCAUUUCUUGUUGCCUGGAUCAUUUUGUACUCAGCAUUACAUUCCGAGUAAGCAAGCUCAUCACUACAGAAUGCAUUGAAUAAGUUUUUAUUCUAAAGAGACCUGGUUUACUUCAUUAGCCAGUGCUGUUAAAGUGAUUGCAGCAUUUUAAAACAAAAAAAAAACUCAAUUGAUUGCUUUAGCAAAAAAAAAAAAAUUGUAUUUAUUUGUUUCACUGAAAUGUAUAGAUUCAUCUUUUCUAGUAUGUAUUUCAGUACAAUAAUACUAUGUACUAAUAUUGAGUUAGCCAUACAUACAAGUUAUUUGCUUUCUGUAAAUGUUAGUGAUUAAUAUUGUUAAUAAUAUUUCAGAAAUAUACUUUUAACCAGACACUUUCUGAUUGGAAAUGAAGUCAAACGAUUUAUGAAGUACAUUUUUAGUCAUCUGUGAUAGCAUUUUAAGAAUAGAUCAUGUGAUGUAUUGCUGAUAAGUACAAUGAAAUGUGGGACAUGUCCCACAUACUUUCUCUCUCAUACUUUUCAAGUAGUUAAAAAGAGUUGUUUUUAUAAAGACUAUUGUGUGUAAUGUAAAACAGACAAAUCUUUAACAUGAUUAUGAAGGUAUUAGCUAUUGUGGAAUGGUGCUGUAUAUUGUUCAAUACUUGUCUCAAGAAGACUUUUAAUUUAAUAUAAACCUUGUGUUGUUUUUUUUAUCUAUCUUCAAUAAGCUGCUUUGAUGAAUUCAAGGCAUCUUUAAGUUUGAUAAUCAGUCAUAAAGAUGGGUGUUUGAUUUGAGGGCAUGUUUGGUAUAGCAAUGCUUGGUUGUAUUUUUUUAUGUCUGUUGAAAAGUGUGAGUAUUGGUACUUUGAGAUUUCCAAGCUAAAUAGUAUAUUGAAUAUACAACCCUAACCAAUUUUCCAAGAUCAAUACUACAUAGAUGAGCAUUUUAAUUAAGAUAAAGUCAUUGUUAAACAUACAUUUAACAUAAGCUGCUGGUAACAAAAUUUGUUUCAUUUUUAAUGUGUGCAUAUGUCAACAAAAUAUUAUAUUUAUUGAAAAUCUAUUUUAUUUCUUUUUUAUACACAUUUUGGCAAGAAAACAACACAUUUUGCAUGCUUAUCAAAAUGACACAAUUCAACACACAGUAUGUUGAUAUCAUUGUAAUCAGAGGAAAAAUGUAAAUAAUUCUCACUCAUUUUCAUUUUAGGUUACUGUGAAUGGUUUAUUAAUGUUUUAAGGAUGUAAGUUGAAUAAAAAAAACAAUUGAAGUCUAUACAAACCAUUGUAGAGUUCAAAAUAUAUUAUUCUACACAUAAAUUAUAUCGGUUGUAUUUUAUUUGAAUCUAUUGCUUUUAAAAUGCAAUAAAGUAUUUUUAAUAUACUUUAUAGGGGUGUGGAGCAGCAAUUCAAAAUAAUUGAUUGAUAUGUGAGUGGGGGGUAUAACAGUUGACAGAAAAAAACAACAGAUUUUUAAAAUAGGUGUUAAUAACAACCCAAACAUUGAUGAAAACUUCACUUUAUUCAGAAAAGACCAAUCUGUUCACAAUUACUUUUUUUUUAAUAAAAAAAAGAUAACUUUGAAGCUGUUUUACAUUGUAAAUGUUUGAACUCCACAAAAUAAAUAAAUAACUAAGGUACCAUGUUCAAAGACCUUUUUUUUUACAAUCAACAUAAAAAUUAAGCAAUACAUUUUUAAUUCAGCAAUUUUAAUAUAUUAAUAUUCAAGGAAAACAUUAAAAAUACCAAAUUUAUGCUCACAUUUUUUUAUAUUGAACUACCAUUUUCCGGUCUUCUCAGUAGCAUAACAAAGAAUUUUAUUAAUUUGAGACCUGAUAUGGGUUUGCUGUACAUCUUAGUCCUUUGCAGUGUUAGCAGGCAUUGUUUUUCUUUUUUUUUUACCUUUAUUUGACAUGUACCGUAAAUCUUGACUGCUUAGCAGUGGAUCAUUCUCAAAGAAUAAGCAUGGAGUGUACCAUAGAAGAUAAUUCACUUUUAUUAAACAAACACAUCCAUU